AUAUUACGAAAACUAAUCAUUUUUAUUCUUCUUCAGCAAGAUGGAUUGGGCUUCUUCUGAAUGGAAGCAGAACUUGACUCCACUUGCUGUUCAAAAAGUAAAUGCUUUAGAGGAGAAAGUUCAAAGAUUGCAAAAAGAAAGAGACCAGAAACAGAUUAGAUUAGACUGGCUAAAUGUGGAAUUAGAGAAAGAGCAGCGUAAAGUUGAAAAAAAGAAUCAAGAUACUUUAAAUGCUCAAAAAGAAUUACAAUCAGUUGAAAAUGUCUGCAAAGAUUUGGAAAGCAAACAUCAAAAGCUUAUGGCUGAACUACAAAAUAGAGAUUCACGAAUAGGUUCACUUGAAGGAUUGUUGUCUAAAGCAAAACAAGAUAAUUGCAAG